CACCAUCAGUUGUCGUGCUCUGUCCUCCGCGGCCUCUGCUCUGCCUCCUCUGCCUGACUGCCUCUGCCUCUUCUUUCUCGGCCACUGUCCUAAGCCAUCUCGCCGCCGCUAAUUCCUCAUGCCGUCGUACGCCCACUGUCUCCUUGUGCCACCUCUCCAUCACCUCCUUACCCUCCACACGCGAAACCAAACCUCAAGCAAUCAACGACGAGGAAGAGGAAGGAGCUGGAGUCGUCGGCGCUGUGGCGAACGAGGGAAGCGGCGAACGGUGACAAGUCUGUGAGCCGCGACAGCAAGUUCAGCGUGACUAGCUACCUAGCUAGCGGUACACACAAUUUGCAGACUCCUUGCAAGCGAUAGACCGAACGGGUAGGGAAUAACCAGGUUCUCCUUGAAGAAAAUAUGGUGAGCUAUACACUGGUUGUUGAUGUUGUAAGUGCUAAUGGUCUUUCAGGCAGUCAUGAUUCUCUGAAUCUCUGUGUUGAGCUUCGGUUUGCUGGGCAAAGAGCCACGACGUCAGUCAAGAACAAAGAUUGCCGUCCUGUAUGGAAUGAGACGUUCCGAUUCUCUGCACUGGACAAAGAUAAGGUUGGUUAUGGCACUCUUGAAGCUUAUGUGUAUAAUAUUGUCACUGCUGGCCGCAAGUCUUUACUGGGCAGGGUCCGGCUAUCUGGGUCUGUGGUUCCGGACUCCUCCGCUGAUGUUGCUGCUGGCCCCUAUCCAUUGAGGGGUGGGAUAUUCCCACGAUCGAAAGGAACAUUGCAUCUCAAAGUUGUACUUGAGAACGAAACCCCCAUUGCAACCUCCGAUCCUCUCUUAGCAGUUAUUCCUUCCAGUUUUUUCACAAUAGGAAACCGGGAGUGUGCGACGCCUGUGGAUGCUGCUGUCAAGGAAAUCACGCCAAGCUUUCAACACGGGAUGAUUGUUGAGCUUAUGCCCUAUGUUUUUGUGCAUGUGGUGAAGGCUCGACACUUGGCAGGUGCCGAUGCCAGAGGAAGACUUGACCGCUAUGUUGAAGUAAAGGUUGGCGAUUACGGAGGCACCACCGAGUACAUGGACAUGGAGCAGAAUGCUGAGUGGAACGCAACUUUUGCAUUCUCAAAACUAGAGAUGGACCAGAACCAGCUGGCAAUGGUCUAUGUUAUCGUAAAGAAUACGGACAUGGCAAGGGAUGACUCUGUAGGAAUGGUGUGGUUUGACGUAAACAACAUUCCUAGGCGUACCCCCCAAUCUCAUGAACCAUUACUACCAGAGUGGUAUCCUCUUCGUGAUGAAAGCGGGACUAGUACUGAAGGUGAGUUGCUGCUUAAAGUUUGGAGAGGAUCCCAGGCUGAUGAAGCAUUUCCUGACGCUUUCAAGACGGAUUCUCGCAUUGGGCCCCAAGUGUAUCAUUUGCCACGCCUCUGGUACCUGAGGAUCCAGAUAAUUGAGUUUAAAUGUGUUGCAGUAGCAGGUAGGGCAAAGGUUGUGGAGUUGGAUGUCACGAUAGCGCAUGGUGUUCAGCAUCGGAUUACGAAAAAAGUAAAGAAGCCGCUAGGCCACCAUGUCUGGAACCAGGAAUUUAUGUUAGUAGUUGCGGAGCCAUUUGAGGAUGGCGUUCAAAUUUCUGUCCGAGCACAUGUUGGGCCUCGUAGCAGGCACGUGAUUAUGGGCGAAGUCACUAUACCCCUUGAAACAUGUCAGAGGCAAGUCGAGGGCCGUCAUAUCAAAUCUCAGUGGUUUGAUCUUCAAAUGCCAAGACAAGCACAUGAUGUUCAUGGUGGUAGGUCCAGGGAUGAUGAAUUUGCUGCCUCAUCAUGCCACAUUCGUCUCACCAGCUGCCUGGAGGGUGGAUACCAUGUCCUAUAUGAUAGUACGUACUUUGUUGAUGAUUACAGGCCUUCAGCUAUGGAAAUCCCGGAUCCUCCUACCGUUGGCUUGCUUGAGAUUGGAAUCCUCGGAGCGAAGGGCCUCCAUCCCAGGAAAAGGAUAAAUGGAUCCUCGACACUACACCCAUAUUGUGUUGCAAAAUAUGGCAGGAGGUGGAUACGAACUCGUACCAUCAACAACAGUUGCAAUCCUGUAUUCAAUGAGCAGUACAACUGGGAUGUCUAUGACACAUCAGCCGUCUUGACCAUCGGUGUUUUCGAUAAUGCCCAACUCCAGGGGUAUAGCUCAGAAGAAGACAAGUCUGUCAAGAUAGGGAAAGUAAGAAUUCGCCUCUCCGAUCUCCAACCUGGUCGAACAUAUGCUCACUCAUACCCUCUACUUGUUCUACGUCCUAAGGGGCUCAAGAACAUGGGCGAACUGCACCUGGCAGUAAGAUUUUCAGGAGAGUCAAUACUGAAAAUGGUGCGCAUGUACUCUAAUCCCAAGCUGCCAGAGAUGCAUUACAAGCACCCAAUUUCAGUAAUGCAGCUAGAUUAUUUGCGGCACCACGCUCUCGGGAUUGUGGCUGCUAGAUUCAGCCGGAUGGAGCCACCUCUAUGGAAGGAAGCUGUGGAGUACAUGUGUGAUGUGAGCGGACACAUGUGGAGCUUGCGCAAGAGCAAGGCUAACUUCUAUAGGAUAAUGGGCGCCUUCUCAUUCUUUUUUAGGUUUAUCAAAUGGUUUCACGGUGUAUGCUUAUGGAAGAACCCUGCCACAACUCUGCUUGUCCACGCCAUCUUUGCGAUGCUUGUUUUGUAUCCACAGCUCAUACUCCCAGCGGUGCUCCUAUAUGUCUUCUUCAUUACCGUGCGGAACUACCGGCAUCGCCCUACUUAUCCUCCACAUGUUGAUACGAAGUUAUCUUAUUCAGAGGGAGCACAUCCAGACGAGCUUGAUGAGGAAUUUGAUACAUUCCCAACCUCGCGGAGUCUGGAUUUAGUAAGGAUGAGGUAUGACAGACUAAGGAGUAUUGCCGGCAGGGUACAGACAGUCAUAGGAGAUGUAGCAACGCAGAUUGAGAGGAUACAAGCAUUGGCAAGCUGGAGGGAUACUACAGCGACGGCAAUAUUUGGUCUCUUCACUCUUGUGGCUGCUAUUGUCAUAUUUUUUACACCAUGGAGAGUUCUCGUUGCAAUAGCCGGAUUGUACACCAUGAGGCCCCCCAUGCUUCGGCGCUACAGUGUGAUGCCGUCAUUUUUCGCGAACUUCUUCCUGCGUUUGCCGCAGAAGACAGACAGCCUGCAGUAAAUAAAGUACCGUGGUUGGGAGUCUUCAUCGUUUGCUUAAUUACCAAGCGAAGGCAAUGAAAAUCUGCUGGGGUAUUGGCGACUGCUGUGGCGAAUCACGGCUGAGGUCUUCAAUCGAUCGCAAGGCUGGGCUCCUACUGUUCAUCGUCUGCGGGUGAUCUGGUGGCAGUGUAGUAUUCAUCUGGCCAUCUUGGGCAAAGUUCACUUUCUGUAAGACACUUGUGCUAUUCUUGAUAUUUUGUUUGCUGUACCUGUAAUAGUGCUUGAUAUUUUGUUUGCUGUACCUGUAAUAAUGCUGGAGCUUUGUGCCUGCUGGUGUGAAUUCUUCUGCCCAGGACUUAGGGGAUAGAUAGGCCCUGUGCGGCUGUGCCUAUCUGGUGGCGUGGUGGGUAGUUGUGUGUUUCUUUUCCUGAUUGUGUUAUCCAUGGCUUAUGUAGUGUCUGGUUUGUGGUUUCCUUAAUCAAAUUGGAGGUAGACUCCCUCUUAUGUGAGAAAGAAGAAGAGAAAUGGAUGUCCUGCA